UAUUUAUGGCCGUCUUUGCGAUUGGCGCACCGACAGCCCAAAAAUAAAUGGUCCAAAUGAUGAGAGAACGCCACCUUCAGUCUUAUGAUUGAUAAUUGGUAAAAUAUUCUGAGGACCAUCUUACUCUUAUUUGCUAACGGUUUUCGUUUGGUAACCUGGAACAAAUAUUAAACGAUUUUAUUCAUUUUGCUAUUGUUAUGCGCUUGUUCAUGGUGCUUGCCCCUACCUACCAUACAAGUCUCCCAGCGUCUCUGCAUUCAAUUGUUUACCAUUCACCACUCUGAUUGGCAAUUGUAAGGGUCCCUUGAAAUAAGAGGCCAUAAGAGUUACCACUCUAAUAUCCUAAUGCCUUUUUAGGCAAAUGAUGAUUUUAGAUGGAAUAAACGUUUCAUUGAAUUAAAUUUAUUAUGUUAUAUAUUAUCUAUCGCAUCCCAUUUUGGUUGUUAGAGGGCACCAUGGGGCACCUAUUUUUAUUUUGAAUUUUAUUUCCUUGCGACUUUCUCCGUUUGAGAGUAUGGUGCGAAGGAGCGCAAUUGUAUUAAACAACUGUGUGGACAACAACUGCAACAAAGACAACCCAAUCGAAAUUUCAAAAUGUCGUCAGUUUGACUUCCGAAUUAUUUCAAACAAAACACUUGGUUAUCAUCCAGUUAAAGACGGGAUAGAGCAGUUGACUUGGAAGUUUACUACUAUAGAAAGAGGAGAGACUACACCAUUGCUGAAAUGGGAGAUUUAUUUGGAGAUUACGAGAAGCAGUUCAGCAUUUUGUCAGCUGAUAUAACUGCGAAGAUCGGCAAAGUUCCCAACCUUUCCGGAGCCCAAAAGAAAGAUGUUGUUUCAGAGAUUGAACAAAAGCUUGAGGAGGCCCAAGAACUGCUUGAGCAAAUGGAUUUGGAAGUCAGGGCAAUGGGUUCAGAAAACAAAGCUAAAUAUGGUGGAAGAUUGAAAAGCUACAAGGAUGAAGUCUCAAGAAUGGAAAUGGAUUUGAGAAAAGCGAAAAUAGCUUUCUCAGAUCAAGAAGCUGCAAGGGCAGAACUGUUGGCAGGGGAUGAUGGUACUCAUUCAGAAGAUCAGAGAAGUAGACUGCUAGAAAACAGUGAAAAGAUGGAAAGGUCAAGUAGAAGGCUUGAUGAUGGCCUGAGAAUGUGUAUAGAAACAGAGGAUAUUGGCAAUGAUAUAUUGCAAAAUUUGGAGAGAGACAGAGAAACAAUCACAAGAACCAGGGACAGGCUACGCACUACUGACAGCAAUAUUGGCAAAAGUUCUAGAAUUCUAUCAGGAAUGAUGCGACGGAUAAUCCAAAACAGGAUAAUUCUGGCUCUUGUCUGCUUAACGAUUCUGGCAGUUAUCGGCUUGGUGAUUUACAGUGUUGCCAAGAAGUAAACAGAUGAAGGUUCGAGGGUUGGUUGUUGGUUGGGAAGAACCGUCCUUUAUUUCACGUUGUAUCAAUAUGACGUAUAAAAGACGAGUCCUAGCAUUACCAACUUUUGUGGAGUAUUUUGUUAUGAUUUCACCAGUAGUGUCGAAUUUAAAUUUAUACAUUGCUAAUGCUAGCCUACUCUCGAGGUUGCUUCCAUCAACAUUCCCAUUAAUAUUUAUUUCAGGAUUCUUUAUGUGACCCACGCCCCCCUCCCCCGCUCCUUUUUUUAAUCUCCCUGUUUCAUCGACAAAAACCUUCGAAUAAAGAUUUCUUUCGGAAGUCGAACUGUUCUUAGCUUUAACAUUACCUAUUGGAGGUCAACCCAUCGUUUAUUAAAAACUUCUUUUUAUUAAUGUUUAGACUUGGCCAUGACUCCCCUCCCCCUUUAUUUCAUAACACGUUUCUCAAAUUUAGGAUUGAUCUCUUAUUUCUAUAAGACAUAGCUACUGUAGCGUACGAAGACCUUAAUAAUUUUUUUUGUGCUCUCAUAGUAGCAUCUGUGCAUUCUUGUAAUUUUAAUAGCAUGGGAUAAGGUGAAGCGUGAUGAACGUAGCGUAUCAUAUCCGCCAUCCUUAAUAUAACAAUUUUUCUGCAGAUUUUGGGGAAUUUUUUUGAAUUUUCCUAGAAGUUUCCCUUUUGCCCGACCCUGUUACGUUACCGCUGUUUUCUGUAAGCGAAUGCAGAAAAAUAUUUUUUGUAUAUAUCCUGACAUGUGAAUUCUUAAGCUUGUUUUCUGUUAAAAGAAAAGUGGAGCUUAAUGAAUUCGGGAUUUGACCUGGCUUUACCGUCUUGUGCGUCAACCUUUGGCAAAAGCUAGAAGCUUUAUAGGUUAUAAUUGAUACGUAUUAGCUCACUAGUGUCUUCAUCGCCUCCUCUCCGCAUCGAGGCUCGCUGUGCAGAGCACGGUUUAUUACGUUUUGAUUAGAAAUGUAUUCUUAUUGGCUAUUCAAACUCGCUCUUGACAGCAAUAAAUCAAAUUUACCUAUAUCAUACCAGUACACACCCUAGUCCGUCAGUUUUUUACAGAAAAGACUUUUUUCUGAGAAUAGGGCAAAUAUGUAGGAAGGGCUUGGGAGGGUGCACAGCGACCUCAAUGCUACGAGAAGGCUCGAAGAACUCAAAUCGGAGUUCGCCGAGUCUCCUCUAAUUAGGAUAUAUCCGCAUGUAGUACUGAUUUAUUAUAAUAUCUUGAAUUUAAAUGUUGUUGCACUUUCAAUUUACUGAAAAGAAAUGUGUUUU